UUGGUGGUGGUUCUAUUCUAUAGGCUGAGGACGCGGGUUCAGGCGAGGUGAGGAGACAAACCAAGUUGAACCUAUACUGGGUGAAGAAACAAAUAUGAGUAGCGGCAGUGUUCGCUGAGCAGAAACAAGCGCGAAGCGAACUGGGAGAGACGCGCCCUAUCAUCCAAUCUAUUGAGUAUAUACAGUCUUUCUAAUAACACUUUGGAGGAGGUUCACAUGAAGAAGAGGAACUUAAUCGGACUAUUUCACUAACAGAUGGUGGCAUUGCAACGUGAAUCACAGCCACUCGGAGCCAACGUCAUUAUCAAAACAACCAGAGAGUGUAUUUCUUAAGUGAGCUAUUAAACGAAACUCAAGCACACAAUCUAUGAGUUUGGCAAUUACCCGAUCACACCAGGGCUAUCCAAGCAUGAAAUACCAUACUAGACCCACCAGUAGCGUCCUCCGGGAUCUGUCUGGUGGUCCCUCCCAUCUGUUGGGACUGGAAGGCCUGGACCCGAGGCCUCUGAGCGAGGCAAUGUCCUUCACUGACGAGGCGGUUUCCAUCCUGACCUCCAGCAGCCAGCUAGCCCGUUCCCUCCUGGGCUGCACCUCUGCCCUGAAGCGGAAAGAAAGCCUAGCCGCCACCGCUAACCAUACUAACACUAAUGCUAUCUUUAACAAUGACGGUGAGGAUGACUUUGACGAUAGCAACAGUGCUCUGCGCCGCAAACGUGAGUUCACUCCCGACGAGAAGAAGGACGACGGCUACUGGGAUAAGAGGAAGAAGAACAACGAGGCGGCGAAACGGUCGCGUGAGAAACGACGUGCCAAUGACAUGGUCCUGGAGACGAGGGUUCUGGGGUUGUUGGAGGAGAACGCCCGACUAAGGGCCGAACUCCUGGCCUUCAAGUUCCGCUUUGGCCUAGUCAAGGACACCUCCGACAUAGCCAUAAUGCCGCUGUCCGUGCCUCCACCUAACCAUCUUGAACCGAGGUACUACCUACCCCACGAUGAUGGUUCCUACCCCCAUAACACCCCCGCCACCACCUCCCACCACCAUCCCCACCACUCAUCCUCAUACGAGGUGAGGGGAACUGGGCUGCCAGCAGGGCGUGACGUGGGCAGUAGUAUAUCCGAGGACUCUGGUUUCUCUCCUGGAAGCUCCAACGUCGGCAGCCCUGUGUUCUUUGACGAUGGACUAGGGGACCACAGCCGAACAUCCCCCAGAACGGUAGAGGAACAGGGGCGUUAUGAGCCUCGCGCCUCCCUGGAGGCAGAAGGACAGUACCACGGCAGGCAGGACUCUAGCCUACCACACAAACUCCGCUUCAAAACCCCCGGUGGAGGUAGCGAAGGUGGGGAGAUACCAGCAAGGUCCCCUAAUAGUAAACGCCCUUUCCCCAUAGCUACAGUCGGACCAAACACCCAGAGGAGCCAGGCUGGAUGGUACAGUCAUAGGGGGGAGGGCCAGGCUGCGUGGCCCAGUGAGGAGGCCCGUGCUGGGCAUGAUCAGCAGCACCACUACUCCCCCUCUGGAGGGUCUGCAUACAGCCCCACCACUACCACAGACUCCCAGUAUGUGGCGGAGAAUGGCACCCUCAAAUCCCAGCUCAGUUCUCUAUCGCAGGAGGUGGCCCAGCUCAAGAAGCUGUUCUCUCAGCAGCUGCUCUCCAAACUGGUCUGAGGUCAGGUUGAACACACUCACAACCUCACCUUAACACACAUUUUUACAGUUACAUACAGAGAAGAGCAACAGAGAGAGAAAGGGGUAUAGACUCAAAGAAAGUUACUUCACUUCAACCUGAACAUUGACAGUGUCUCAGCUGAACUUGACUCACAGGGCACAGCACUGCCCAUUUUUAUUUGAACUAGGCAAGUCAGUUAAAAACAAAUUCUUAUUUACAAUGCCGGCAGGUUACCUGCCUUAUUCAGGGGCAGAACAACAUAUAUUUUUUUUACCUUGUCAGCUCGGGGAUUCAAUCUAGCAACCUUUCGGUGACUGGCCCAACGCUCUAACCACUAAGCUACCUGCCGCUCCAUUGAUCUCCAGCAAACAGCUACAUCAAGUGUGAAGAAGCUGAGCGAACCAUAUGACAACCUGAAAACUACUUCAAUAACACAUUCUCCAGAUACGACGAUACAGUGGCCUUCACCACUAUAAAAGCACACCAGCACAGGAAGUACCUGUUACUAUGGCAAUCAGCAGUCAAAAGCAAUACUUCAGGAUACUCUGUUUGAUUCACAGUACUAUAAAACAGCAUUUAUGGGUAACUUAUAUGAUACACAUUUUUUGUAUUUAUAUUUUGAGUCAUUUAGCAGACACUUAUCCAGGGCGACUUACAGUAUGCGAGUGCAUACAUGUUCAUACUUGUUCGUAUGAUAUCUGAAAUACAAUUUUUUUUUUUUGUACACUGAUCUGGCCUGUUUCUUUGAUAAAGUUUCACAUUCUUUCUUUAGAGACUUUAAUUGAACAGGUCUUAACACACUGGAUUACACUGGUAAACCUGAGUACACGCAGCGGUACACACACUGAUUUGUGAACCCAUUCCGUUUGUAUUAUUACGUUACAUGUCUGAUUACCCUGCUGCUGUAGCACAUGGUAUCCCUCACCUCUGUUUGUUUCUACACAGUUUGUCUUAAACGGUUUGGCUAAUAAAAUAUAAUAAUAACAGAUUCUAUGUACAUAUUUUUUCAUUUCAACUGUAAGUAAUGUGAUAUACUGUACAUGUACAUAAAUAAAUAAACAGUUUUUCCUAA